AUGACGCUCAAAGACACGUACCAACGAUUCCUCGAUCUCCCCAAUCCCAUCAGCCUCUCUGAUAAUGCCUCUCUCCAUUACAUUACGACCUUGACCACCUUUUCGCAGCCUGCACAGAUCAUGCGACACCUAGAAACUCAGAAUAAAAAGGUGGUGUCAACAAAACAUGCAAAGGUUGUUUCGAUUGUGGAGGGAACGACCUCGCUGGCUCUGGAAGUUGAAACGGUUCUCGAAUUCAUCUCAGGAGGUGGAUCAUAUCUGCCGGGUCUAGAGAACUUUGUCGUGGACAAGAUAACCAUUAUCCCUGUGACUCAUUUUGUACUGUUCGACGCAGAACGGAAGAUCACUCAAAUCAGACUCUUUUGGGAUCAAGCUUCACUUUUGAAACAGACAGAGGUGAUUGGAUCAAGGGGCAAGAAUUGGCCUGUGACCGAUGGCAAGGAUCAAGUCAGACUCAUCACUGCGAGCUUGAAUGCUGCGCCGAAGGUAGCUUCAGACCUUCCCACGAGCCCUCGUGGUCGAUCCGAGAACCAGAGUCUUGCUUCAUCUCGAAAUGUGUCGCCCGGCAAGAAGCAUCUCAAAGACCCCUAUGCGAGUUUGGAUCUCUUCUCACCAAAGCCUGUUGAUGAACCCGAGCCCAUCACGAGCCCCAAUGCAGUCGCACCACGUGCUUCGGCAAGACCUCCUCCGCGCGAAAUGAGCGAACUGUUCGCAGCCGGUCAUGAGGAUCACGAGCCAGGAUCGCCCAAAAAGCCACCUGUCCAGGUCGUCGUUGCACCCAAGGGAGGCUCAAACCAGAAAUUUGCGCCACCUCGUCUGUUUGCGGACGACCCAGCCGAGCCUGCCGCAGUCGGUUACAAAUCAGACCCUUCGAAGUACAAUCACUUUCACCUGGGCGAAGUCAUUGAAAAUGACCCUAUGCAAUACCAUGGACCAAAUGGAAACCGCAACGUCCCUUUGCGUCCCAAGACAGACAAGCAUGCGUCGCAGUGGGAUUUUGAUGACUUCUAUACACCAGCCAAGCUUCCACAAAAGGUUCGAGAUCAAGACGUGGUCCACUUCAGUCUUGACAGUAAAUCAAGCGAAUUUACUACACCCGCAGCUCAGAAAAUUCAUGGUAAGCCACGUCGUGACAACGAGGCUCACUUCGAGUUCCAGGACGACGGUCCUCCAGUAGAACGACACGUCGUGCCCAAGGCCCGCAAAGAUGCCGAGACGCAUUUUGAGUUCAGAGACACAGCGACACCGGGUGCCAAUCGUGCUUCGGGCAGACCUACCAGUUCAGGUCGACAAGGCUUGUACUCAAACAACAUCUUUGAGGAAGAGGGUGGUGCGGCCCGACCACAGGAAAAGGCUCCGUUGGCCACCAUCACCACCAACACCAAUCGAAAGAAUGACUUUGACAGCCAUUGGUCCAUGUCAGAUGUGUCGCCUGCUAAUGAGAGACCCAACAAUGAGAACCACCGAGCUGCUGGACAUAGAAAGAAGCCUUCACAGAUGGAUAGCCACUGGAGCAUCGGAGAUGACAACAGCGAGCCAGCUCCAGCCAAGGUUCAAAAUAAAGCCGCAAAGAGUUUUUGGGACUUUUAA